ACCAGGUGUGUCUUUUGUCUCCUUUAGACCAGGUGUGUUGUGUCUUCUUCAGACAAGGUGUGUCUCAUGUCUCCUUCAGACCAGGUGUGUCUCAGGUGUCGUCAUGCCGUGGCUGCUGUCCUCUCAGGUGGAGCAUCUGUCAUCGUCUCCGUCUCAGCGUCAGUGUGAGCGGACCUCGUUCUCCUUCUACUGCGCUGUGCGUGAGCAGCUUCCGGUCUGGCAGCUGGAGGACAUGCGCCGUAUGGAGGUCUUCAGUUGGGAGGACGGGCGUCCUCGAGCCUUCCUGCCGUCUGAGGCGCUGCUGUACGCGCUCGUCCACGACCAUCAGGAUUACGCUCGCUACCUGCUCAACAAGUACUCAGUGAGUGCGCUCAUGCCGCCGCGCUGCAGCUUCUGCUGCCGCCGCAGUAGUGGCGCACAGCACCUCACCGUUGCGGUGCGCUACAACCGUGUGUCUAUCCUCAGCAUGAUGGUGGCGGUUCUGAAGGACUGUCACGUGGGGGAGGACUUCCUGGACAGUCGUGACGGCUGCUCGCACGAGGCAGACGCAGGAAAGACGGCGGUGCAGCUGGCGGUGGAACUGUCGCGGCCAGACUGUCUGCUUCUCCUGCUGGUUCACGGUGCGCUGCCCACUGGCCUCGACGCCGCGCUGCAGCGACUCGUCUCCUCUGACAACUUGGACCGCCGCUGUGCGCAGCGCUGCCUCGAUUUCCUGCUGCUCUACCUGCCCAAACCGCCGGCGCUAUGCUGCCUGCAGGAGGAGCCGCAUCGCUGGCAAAGCCUGCUGGGAAAUGAAAUGUUCAGCUGGCUGUGUGGUUUGGCUCCACCCCCCCUCCUAUUGCAGGCACUCAGGUGUUUGGCUCGGUCCGGCCCGGAUCAGAUCACCGCGCUGCCCGACUUCCUGCAGCUGCACAGCUGGCAGUGA